AUGGCAUCCUCUUCCAAAACAGCAACUCUUGCGGAUCUCUUCCUCGCCCUUAACCUUGUCCUUCUCGCCUCGUCGGCCACCGCCACGUUGGCGGGGACAUGCUCCGCCGAUAAGGUGGGCGAGCUGAGCGUUUGCGUUGACCUGUUCCAGUAUUUGAAGCUCAGGGUCGGAACGAAGCCACCAAGCGACACGUGCUGUAGUCUGUUUGAUGGGGUGGCGGCUGAUGUUGACGCCGCCGCUUGUGCUUGUGCUGCCCUAAAAGCCAACCUUCUUGGAGCGAUCUAUGUCGACCUUGCCGCCUCCGUCAAGUUGCUUCUCGGCGAAUGCAACAGGGUCGCUCCCGACGGCUUCCUCUGUGCUUAA